AUUUUCAUCUUUGACACUAAUUCCUGAACUCCAUGUUCAUACCGAGAGCAUACAGGACUGGUCAUGUGACCUUGCCUCGGCUUUGGCAUCGGGAUUGAACUUUUCUCCCGACUCUUCUCAACGACUGUCUUCAAAUCCGAAACUCAUCCCCCUUCCUCUAACCGUCUCAUUGAUCGGGAGUCUUGGCAGUCAAGAGUAGUGUAUCACUGGCGACAGAGACUAACAGAGGGAAGUAUGCGCUCGAGUCUUUCGUGCACAUUUUGCCGAAAAUCCAAAAUCAAAUGUGUCAAUACUGGUAGUCCGCCAUGUCAAAAGUGUCAGAAAUCGGAGAUUCCCGGUUGCGUUCUUACCAGACCGAGACAGGUAGCCUCCAAGGGUUCCCGGAGGCGAGGCCAGGUACGCCGUAGGAAUGAGGAUGCAAAGGAUGACCAUGAGGAACAAACAAGGCUACAGCCAGCCUCGUCAGAUCAAGGACGUAAUAGGUCGCAUUUAACACCGGAAUCUUCCAGUGGGGAGGUGGACAUCUCACAGGUCGAUGGACAUCUUGGUAGUCUUCCGACCAGUGUGAUCCUCAAGUCUUUGAACGUUUUUACGAACAAGUUCCCCGAGCUGGGAAUUCUUCAUCUCCCAACACUCAUGCAGGCAUUUCAGUCGGAGUGCUCGCAGGAGACGAAGGUUCUGCUCGGCGUUACCCUUCUUGUAACGAGAACACAACUAUCGCUACUUAACCCAGCUUGGGCAAUGAGUUUGCUACCCAGUAAACAUUAUGAAUACUACAUCCGGCAGAGUCUCUCAGAACUCAUUCUCCAGCCACCUGACAUACAGGUUGUUCAGGCCCUCCUGAUGAUGGCACUCUACGAGUGGGGAUGCCGAGACUUCGAUAAGGCUUGGGUCUACUGCGGUAUCGCGAUCCGAAUCAUGCAAUCCAUCCAAAGUCGACGCACUGCCCCGUACCCUCUCGACCCUGACAUCAGUCCGGGUACAGCCAAAGAUACAGUUGCUCCGGGGAUAGAGAAUAGAACGAUUUGGGCCUGCUUUAUCAUGGAUCGCAUGAUCAGCUCGGGUACUUACAACCCACCCAUGCUUCCCAUGUCCGAGAUGGAGAAGCUGAAAGUCUCACGGCCUUUGAGCACCGUGGAAUUUGCCUUUGGAACCAACGUAAGCCUUUAUCCCGGGCACACGGGGCAUAACCUCACCUGGUCUGAACGUCUGCCGUCGGGCCUUUUGGAUAUAACCCAAUGCUACGAGAUUUUAGUCUCUGGCUUUGAUAUCUGGGCACAGGUAAUGACUUUUAUCUUUAACGACGGACGUCGAGCGCCGGGGAUGUGUGCCCCAGAGAAUUGCCCUUGGGUCCCAGGGUCUCCGUGGUCUAGAACUAAGGCCCAACUGGAAAGGUGGAGGGCUGGCCAACAUGAUCGCCUUCACUAUCCCAGCAACAGUGUGGCGAUCCAUAUGACAUUGGGAUAUGGCGAGUCAUUCACAUAUAUCAAUCUUCUCUAUUAUCUAAGCACUCUUAUGCUCCACCGUGAAUAUUUUCCAUUUAUACCCACUGCAGAGUCGGGCCCAAGAGGACCGGUGGACCAGCCUCUGCUCGAAGCGGAAGCGCCCGUCGGCUGGUGGGAAUCGAGCGCACUAGAGCUGUUCUCGGCGGCGGAACACAUUGCCAGGCUUUUACACGAAGCAUCAGAAUGUGGAGCCCAUCUGAUGACGCCGUUUGUGGGUUUCUGUGCUUUUUCCGCGUCGUAUAUGAACCUCUACAUCUACCGAUUUCCCCGCAUGAACCUUGGUCGAAGUCCCCAGGCUGAACAGCUGAUGAAUUUCUGUCUGUCUUACUUGGAAGAGUUUCGGCACGUGUGGAAGCUGGGAGAGGCUUGGGUGUCUACUCUCAAACAUGCCUCACUCUUAUACGAACGCGCUUCUGCUGACAGGGGAAGAUAUUUGGGAAAGUCUCGACAGGACUUCGACCAUCUUCACCAGUCCAUCCACGAAUUUCGAGUCGUUGACCGAUCGAAUCAACAUAUACAAGAAAUUGAAGGGGCCGAGGGAGCAAGCCCAGGAGUGACUUAUACUCAGCCCGCGCAACGGGUGGCCCCUAACUCUGAGUUGGACAAUAUUAGCGCACCGCUCACUCAUCUGCUUACGGAGGUUAGCACUUAUUCUCAUGAACAGGGCGCAUGGUCGCAGUGGUGGCCUACGCUGGAGGACAUCGAUCUUGCACUGAUGUCAGGAUGACAUCUCUGCGAUUAAGUUGCAGCAUCAUACUUUCACAAGCAGGUGUGUUGAAUACAUUGAACGUAGAACGAUUGUGAAUAAAAGGCCAACGAUGGACAUAGCACCUGCAUAGUAUGCGGCUGGCCGAUAUGACUCGAUGUUGUCCGCUUUUCCGGAGAGCGAAUAAAUCCCCGAUGCAAUCGGUGACCCCUAUGGAGGAUUAGUACGAUAUCAUGGCAUAAAGAAAGGGGAAGUGUGUCAUCGGCUUACGAAAAAG